AAAUUUUCUCUGCGCUCAUUACGUCUCACAUCGAUUUUGGUUCUCGGCAUAGUAGAACAACAUGUGCUGCUGAAUAUCUCUUGAAAACAGAAGGAUCAGGAAUUUGACGUGAAUCGCGCCGGCGCUGUUUGCACUGAAAGUGUUUGGCAAACUUUCUGCCUGAUUGGGACAAAUUCGUAUAUUGGACUGCCGAAUUCAGCCAUUGCGCCGACGUUCUUCAUGCCAUGUACCUCUACCUCGCAAGCAACCCCAGGGCGUUGUAUCUCGCCACGAGCUCCCAAGACGACCAGCUAGGGUGCCCCAGGCGCGUUCUUGUCUUUCGUGCUGGCGAGCAGAGCUACAACCAGGCUGUGGUAGAGUUCCUUACUAAGGACGAGGUAGAUCUCUCCAAUGCCAUCAAGUUGACGAACAGGAUUGUUAAGGGAUGCCUGGGUAUCAUUUCGAUAGAAAAUGACAUCUUCCUCGUUCUUGUGACCAGCGCUACGGAAGUUGGCAAUACACGCCCAUCUGCACCCUCUUCGGAAGCUGUAGCCCGAAUACACGAAGUUGGAUUUUAUAGCUUGACAUCAUCGGCCUGGGAUGAUCUCUCUCUCAGUGGAGAUUUGCCUAGUCCCGAUAUUGGAGACUACUCCUCCCGCGACAAUUAUGCGCAGACCACACCCUCUUCCCAAGUGUUCGAGCAUCCGUGUAUGCCAUUGACGAAGAUAUUAUCCUCUGGAUCCUUCUACUAUACCAUAGACUCUCAGUGGGAUCUCUCUUCGCGACUCUCACAACGACUUGCUCGAGAUCCGACCCUUUCUCGGGACCCAGGUAGCUUCGAUGAACGAUUUGUAUGGAACGAAUAUAUUGCGAGAAGUUUGCUGGAAUUUAGGGAGCGACUGGACCCCCAAGAACGCGAAGACCUGGAUCGUUGCCAUUUCAUUAUUUUGGCGAUUCAAGGUUACGUAGGGAUCUCAUCCAUGGCUCUUCCAAUGCCUCCAACCGAUGGCAAACCGGCGAUUGCAACUCUAUCAUUAAUCUCCCGACUUGGUUCCAAACGAGCAGGUACUCGUUUUAACACCCGUGGAGUUGACGACGAUGGCAAUUGCGCAAAUUUUGUCGAGACUGAAAUCCUGUUUACUACUGAUCAACACACUGUUAGCUAUGUACAAGUUCGCGGAAGCGUUCCACUAUUUUGGGAACAGCAAGGUCUUCAAACAUUUGGUCAACGAAUACAGAUUACCCGCCCACAUGCCUCGCAGCCAGCCUUUGAAAGGCACUUUGCUCAUCUGACGGAAGAAUAUGGCGGGGUCCAUGUUAUCAAUUUACUAGGAUCAAAGGAAAAUGAAACAAUUCUGACUAGCGCAUAUGGUCGCCAUUUGCAUAUAGCUCGUGGAGUGUUUGGUGAAUCUCUAGGCAUAACGCAUUUUGAUUUCCAUAAUGCGGUCAGGAUUGGUGGACACGACAGUGUCAUUAGAGAAUUAAGACGAAUGGAACCCAUCACCGAUCACGUUGAUCAGUAUGGAUUUACUAUGUGUGACACGAAUACCGAUGAAGUCGUGACGCAGCAAAAGGGCGUGUUCCGAAGUAACUGUCUGGACUGCCUUGAUCGGACAAAUUUUGUUCAAGAUAUCCUGUCUCGGUUGACUUUAGAGCAAUAUAUAUUACUCGUCCGACGAGAAUGGAUACAUUCUCAUUCCCUAUGGUCCGUCCAUCGAGAACUAUGGGCGGAGAACGGUGACGCUUUGUCGAGAAUCUACGCUGGUACUGGUGCCUUGAAUACAAGUUUUACCCGGAGCGGAAAGCGCACCCUGGCAGGCGUGCUUUCAGACGCGACUAAGAGCGUUUCGCGUGCAUACAUCAAUAACUUUCAGGAUAAGGCCAAGCAGACCGCUAUUGACAUGUUCUUAGGGAACAUGAGCUCACAGAAAAUGGUGACUAUUUUCGAUCCCGUUCAUGAUUCGGUUCGGCAAGCAUUGGAACAACGUCUAGAAGAAUAUUCAACGACGAAAAAAUGCACUAUUUUCACUGGUACUUGGAAUUUGAAUGGCCGCCCGCCUUCUGAGUCUCUGAUACCGUGGCUGUUUCCUCGUGAGAGCGCUGGAGAACCCGACAUGUUUAUUCUAGGGUUUCAGGAAAUAGUUCCUUUGACUGCUCAGCAAAUGGUACAAACAGAUCCAGAGAAACGCUCGAAUACUGGACACUCUGGAGCGUCGUCCUCACAAAAUUCUUCUUACGUUCUCUUGAGGAGUGAACAGCUGGUCGGCACGGCUCUGUUAGUUCUUGUGAAGGCCGAAUUGGCGCCAGUGAUUCGGAACGUCGAAGCUACGUCACGGAAGACUGGUUUGAGAGGGAUGUCGGGGAACAAAGGUGCUGUAGGAAUACGCCUACAAUAUCAUGAUACCAACUUCUGUUUCCUUACGGCCCAUCUUGCCGCCGGUCACUCUAAUGUGGAAGAACGAAAUACUGACUACAGAACCAUUGUCAACGACUUACACUUCCUGAAAGGGAAGACGAUAUUCAGCCACGAGAAUAUUAUAUGGCUUGCGGAUACAAACUACCGGAUAGAUCUAGAUAAUGAAAGCGUCCGGGCGCUGGCACAGGCUGAUGAUAUAGAUAGCCUGGUGUCAGCCGAUCAACUCAAACAAGUCAUGGAUGAGGGUAGAGCAUUUGCUGAAUACGAGGAGGGGCCGCUAUUGUUCAGGCCAACGUACCGGUAUGACGUUGGCACUGAUAACUACGAUACCAGUGAAAAGGCCCGGAUACCUGCUUGGACCGAUCGUAUUCUUUACCGCGGAAACCAACUCGAUCUUUCUGUUUACUCCCGGGCAGAGUUGAGAGGAUCGGACCAUAGACCCGUCUUUGCAAUCUUCAGAGCGAAUGUUCGCAUAAUAGAUUCAGCCAAGCGUGCAGCACUGCAAAAAGUCCUCCUGGACAGCGUUACUUCUACGGCGCCAGGUGAAAAAUUAGAUGAAAAAUUAGCUUCGCUCAUUGUAACACUGGAUCAUCAAGAUCUUCCUCCGCCCAGUACCGAUGAGAAGGCAUGGUGGGACACUGCAGAAGACCUUCCUCAGGGUGUGGUACCAAUCUCAGAGUUCAACGUGUCUCCUAGUCGGCAUAACACCAGAAGAAAUCCAUUCGAUGAAGAGUCGCCUUUGUCUUCCUCACCUUCUUCAUCCGAUGAAGAGCUAUUUACGCACGCACUAACUCUCCAAACUCCCUUGGAACCUGUCCCCGCACCAAGAAAGCCACCACCACCACCACCCCCGCCAUUACGCAUAACGAAAUCAAAUGGAUCUGUCCCUUGAUUGUAACUUUUCUUUCAGUUGUCAUGAACAGUUCUGGACAUAUAUAAACAGCCGCAACUAAUUACACAGUAAUAAAGCAUACCAUACAAA